CCACAUGUCAAAUGUCAGCUGUUUGAGUUGAAAUGUGGUUUAAAUCUAUAUUUUAAAUAAAAUUAUUGAAAUGAUUAUUAACUAUUAGUUGAAACUAUAAAACGGAACUAUGUUUCGAAUUCGACUGCUAACCAGAGUCCUGUCAUGUUCAAGGAAUCAUCUAAUAACAGAUUAUGUGCAUCCUGGUAUUGCUCCUCGCGUCGAGUUGCUCAAAGCGCGGGAACAAAGCACAGUAGCAAUAGAAGAUAGCUAUGUUAAGAAAUUUAUGAAAGCUGUGGGAUGGAUGGACCAGUUUCGUACACGUUUAAAACUUACGGGUUACUUUUUAUAUGAAUCUGUGCCGGACAACGUUCAAUAUCACGAGUGGGCUGAGAAGUUGAAGCUUCCUGACACAUUUGCAACAUGGUUUGCUAUUACAGAACUUCAUGUGUGGUUACUCCUCGUACGGUAUAUGGCUGAAGACAUAAAAUCCGUUGCCAAUGAAAAGAAAAAGUAUGUGAAAGGAGAUGGUCACUUUGUAAGGAAUUGUAUUAUAGAGGCUUUGUGGGCAGAUGUUGGCAAUAGGAUUAAGUUAUUAGAAGGAGCAAAUCCAGCUAUAGCCAGAAAGCAGGUGACAGAGCUCUCAGAACAGUUCCAAGCCGCUCUGGUGGCAUACGAUGAAGGUCUGAGCGACGACCGUAUCCUAGCAUCUGCCAUCUGGAGACGGAUCUUCAUGCUUGAUCCCGACACACAACCCGAGCACAUAGAGUCAGUUGUUCACUUUAUUAGACAUCAGAUAGCAGAACUAGACAAAAUCCCCAGCGAGAAACUACAGCAGAAAACCGAGAUCCCCUGGUUAAGCAUACUAGAUCAUUAGUAGAUUAACUUUUAGAUUUACAUAAUAUGCAGUUUAAUUUGUAAAAUAUUGUUGUAGUUAUGUACAGAGUAAAGUGAAAGAGUUUGUUACGAACAAAACAAUUUUAUUAUAAUAUAAUUUAAUUAUUUACAA